GCACCAAUCAGAACCGGGGAACCCUUCGGCGGGCGAACAGAACGCGCGCAAAUUCGAUGGCUGAGCGCCGCCAUUACGGCGAUUGUUUCAGCUUCUGUGCCGAAACGGCUGAAAUGUGGCCCAAGUAAUUAGCGACUGCCGCCUAUACCGAAUGUACAGUAGCUCGCUUCACGUGCAACUGGUGAUCUCUAUUGGACUGGUGGGGCCCGCUCGUUUUUGUGCCGGACGUUACUUAGCAGCGCAGUGACGAGGGUCGUGAAGAUGGACACCUGAAACGAGUGCGGAGCCAUGUACCGGCGACAUUUGACUCAAAGGGUGAAGGAGGAGCCGUACAGUUCGGAUGACGAGGACGACGACAGUAGCAGCAGCAGCGGCAGCAGCAGCAGUUCGUCGUCGUUUUCGUGCCACGGCCAGCAGCGCACUACCACCACUACGGCUGCACCUCGCAGAGGCAGUGGCGGCCAAAAGCCGCUCAAUCGUGGCCGCUGGGAGAAGGAGGAGGACGAGCUGCUCAAGCGCACCGUUCAGGAACUGGGCACGCACGACUGGGUGGCUGUGGCGCGCUGCUUCCCGGACCGCAGUGAUGUGCAGUGCCAGCAGCGCUGGCACAAAGUGGUCAACCCCGAACUUGUGAAGGGCUCCUGGUCCAAAGAGGAGGACGACAAGGUGGUGCAGUUGGUGCAGAAGUAUGGCCCCAAGAAGUGGACCUUGAUUGCCAAGCACCUCAAGGGGCGCAUUGGCAAGCAGUGCCGUGAGAGGUGGCACAAUCACCUGAAUCCGGCAAUCAAGAAGAGUGCCUGGACGGAAGAUGAAGAGCGCACCAUCCUCGAGUAUCAUCGACUCUGGGGCAACCAGUGGGCCAAGAUCGCCAAGCUUCUGCCUGGACGGACUGACAAUGCCAUCAAAAACCACUGGAAUUCGACGCUCAAGAAGCGCGUCGAGCUGCAAGGGCCCAGCCGCAAGAGGGACUCUACAUCUAAGCAGCGACCGGUGCUGGAGCGGCGUUCAAAGCCUCUAAGCAUUGCUGUGAAGCAGGAGCCUACAGAGUGCAACCAGGAGUAUGGGCUUCCUGCCAAAUGUGUGUCUUACCACAUGACAUCUGCUUCUGCUUCGGUCGUCAUGCCCGCUGCCGAGACUCUGUGGCAGCCCGAAGAGUUUGCUGCCGUGCUGACCACGUCGGGCGCAGAUGUGAAGCCGAUCAAAAUAGAAGGAGAAACAUCGCACCGAACCAAGUGUGACAAUGGCAGUGGCUCGGAAUACAUCGACAUCAAUGACCUCCUUUCGCCACUCAAGGACAUCAACGUUGAGGAGCUAGAGACUGCAACAGCAGCGCGCAGCCCUAGUAGCUCGUUUGGGCAGCUCACUGCAUUGGACCUGGUUGAAGGCACCUGCGUCACGCCUCAUGUUACGCCCGUCAAGUUUGCCACUUUAGAUGGCGUGCUACAGCUAAAGGAUGUCUCCAACGUGGAGGUUGAUAGGGUCUCCUCAACAUCACAUAGCAGCAGCUCUCGCCUUGUCACACCACCGAUUUUACGACGAGGAAAGCGAAGGCGACUGCGGUCUGCUCAGUCGCAAGACUCGGACUACAGUCACUUGGAAGCGGACAGCACCACAUAUGAAGAAGCUGGACUCUGCGACGAAUCAGUUGAAGGUGUCUACCCACCUGGAGAACCUGGAAAACCUGCAGAAGUCUGGGUACCCUUCUGGGAAAGUCAUGGAAAAGUUUCCCUGCGACCAGUGUCUGAGGAGCCUGGUUUCCGUCCAGCUCUGCGCGAAGCCCCCGGGACACGUUGGCGUCCUGACUUGGUGACACCUCGCAAGCCGCUGCCCUUUUCACCAUCUCAGUUUCUGAACCAGCCCCACAUGGGCCCACUGGAAGGCAUGCAGCGGACAUCGACCCCCAUGCGUGCUGGCGACGCACCACACCCUUCUCUUUUACAGAUGAUGCCACAGUCACCAGCCGCAGCUACCAGCAAUGAGCCCCUCAACACGCCCCUGGUGAAGAAGCAAGAGAAUGGACCCCGCACCCCGACACCUUUUAAGAACGCUCUGGCGGAGUUAGAGAAGAGGGGGGGACGCAUUGGCCGCCUGCCGGACACGCCAAAUCUGAACCUGGAUGACCUUGGUGACCUGUUGGGGAAUGUGGCACAGCCAGCCUCCACUGCCGAGAUUCCCAAGAGGCGUGCCAACAAAGAGAACCUCUCACCAUCCAAGCGGGUUCGCAAAGCCCUCCACGAGACCUGGUCCACUCCCGGUGAUAUUGCUGUACCUGGGCUCACCUCCACAGGGUUUGCACCGCUGGAACAGGAGGUGUUCAUCCUCCCUGAGACACCUAGCAAGAGCCUGCUGGGUGGCGACUCGUCGGUGCUCUUCUCGCCCCCGUCCAUCAUCCGGGAGGCCCUGGCCGACGUGCCCCUUCCAAACCCACACUCUUUGUCUACUCGGCCCAAGCCCAAGCCGGUCCAGCACGAUCUGCUCACCUUUCGCAUCCAGCACACGGAAAGCACGCCUUCGUCUCGGAGGCUCCGCCAGUUGGACAAGUUCAGUGCCCUGGUGUGCGGAAAGACGCGGGACCAGUUGGAGCUGACGCAGCAGGCCCGCCAGUGGAUGAUGAGCAGCCUCAAGCCACGCUCACUGAACCUCUGAACGCGUCGUGCACAAUCCCUUCCUCAGCGGUACUUUCUGCUGGAGUGACGCACCCGCUCUUCUAUCCCCAGCACCACCCACAGAAUUACGGUCACAAUCAGGACCCCUUUGGAGGCGUCCAACACUACUUUUAGCACUCUGUCUGAGGAAUUUUAUAUUGCGUCACAAACCGCCUGGCAUGGCAGCCUGCAUGCUACCCUUUUAUGGCAGCCUGCAUGCUACCCUUUUAUGGCAUUUUAGUCUUUUAUGAAGUUAUGGCAUUUUAGUCUUUUAUGAAGAAGCAGGAUUUUAUUUGUACCCAUGCACCACUGCUCUUUGUUUUUACAUACACGAUUAUAGCACUGACCAUGGCAAGCUGUUAAUUAAGGACAAUCCUUCUUGAUGGAUUUUUUUGGAGCUCCUUUUUAUGCAUGGAUACAGGACUUGUCCCAUCCUAUGAAACUUAUUAGCAUUCGUCUUGGCUUUAGAUCACAGGAAUGUUAAUUAUUUUGUAAACUCUGUUGACAUUCCUUCGGGUUUAUUGUUUGUGUCACCUCAAUGACUAGACCUCGCCCUGUUUGCACAUAGCCCAUUUGCACAAUAGUUUAUUGGAACCCACAUUAGAACUUUAUUGAACAUUUGUUAACAGGGAGGAAAUGACGUUUUAACAAGUGGACUCGUCUUCUUCAAGGCUUUUGUGCUUUAAUGAAUCUGCUCUCCCAUGUGGGUGACAUCAGCAGAGGCACUUCCAGCCGGAGUGACACACCCGCUUUUCUAUAUUUUUGUCUUGCGGUCACAAGUUAGUGGCGUCUUACACUGCUAUUGCAACUUUUAUGAAGACAAGUCCAAUUGACACCUUUUGUUGACGAAUUUUUCAUCCCACGCUUUCAUUUUCCUCCGAGUUCUGCCCCCCCCCCCCCUCCAACCUAUUUUUAUUUUUUCAUUACAGCAUAGUGGCAUCUGAUGGGGAAAUGGCUUUGUUAAAUGUAUAACUUCAUUGUAAAUUUAUUUUACUUACCCUCUGUAUGAAUAGCGACAUAAUUGCUCAUUUACUUUGUCAUAAUCGAAAAUUUGUUGUGUUGAGGUUUGACUAACACACCAAGCCCUCAGUCCAACUGAGGCACCAGAGAAGUGCUGCUCCAGAAUUUGUCAACUUUGAAUUGCACCUUUUUUGCUCAUGAAAGUUUGUCACUGCAUGUGUCACAACUUUCUUUUGAUAGCAGCACCAAUGUUUUAUUCUCAUUAAGGAUGAUUUUCAGCAAAGCUCAGCCACGUAGAUACAGCUGUGAGCUGUUAAGUUGUUUUAACCAUGCAUGGACAUUUUUAUACCCGGUCACACUGGCAGGUUCAGUGUCAUUUUAAGCAAGUGCACUUAUGCUCCCAGAAUAGCACGCGACAGGGAAGUGCACUUUGGAAGGGAUGGCUCAAGUAGCAAAACAGAUAUUUGUUAUUUCAGGCAGUAAUGAAGUUUUACUGCUAACGUAAACUUAAAAUACAAGCCUGGCAGCUGUGGCAUUGCACAGCUGGAAACUGCUCAAUAAUAGUAGUAUACCAUGCUCUGAUGCACAAGAAUGUUCUAAAUAAUGAAAACAAUACUGAAAAAUUCAAUGAACUGUGCUUCGGAUAAUGAUUCCCGAGCAACUUCUUUGACCAAGGCUGGGUUAAGUCAGGGACAUGUCUUGAAUUUCCGAAAAACCAGGCAAAGUUAUGGAAACUGUUUGCGGUCUGUGUGAUCAUUGUGAAAAUAAUCACUACCAUUGGUCAAAGCUUGAGAAGUUGCCAUGGUCUGAGCUUGGCUUGAAAGCCUUCUGGUUAGGCUGUAAGUGCCAUCAGUUGAGGCUUGUUGGGCCAUGCCAAGCUUAUUCAUUGGCGAUGCUAUGGUAAGCAUCCUCAGCUACACAACUAUUGCUGAUCAUUUGCAUUUUAAGGGUAGCACGGAGUAACUACAGUGAAAAGUACAAUUUCAGUUUUUUGAGGUGGUGUUAUUGAAUUUGCGAUCACUCUUAAGCAUUGUGUCCAUAAAAGAGUAUGUAAAUGAAAGGAGCACGCCGGCAUGUACGGAAUCAAGGAAGAUGUUGCCUCCUCGUACAGCCAUGCUACUGCUCUACCGAUUGUUGCGACCUGACAAAUUCCUUCUCUGUGCCGCCGCAAGUUCGUCAGCACUUUGAAUGCAACCUUUCAUUACAAGUGCCAAAAAACUUACAUUGCGCCCCUAGUGUCAGAGCCCAGAGAAAUACUAAAAGGCAAACGUGUGUGCCCAUAGUGUAAAAAAAAGGGGGGGGGAUGUCUCGCAGUACGACUUCCGUUUCUUGGACAUCCUUAGGCGUUGUGUGGGCAGAGUGCACAGAAUUGGAAGUGUGCUUAUUCUUUUUUUUUUACUGAAACAUAUAGUAUUUUUGAAGAGCGUAACGUAGCCGGGGACAUAAAUCAGAAGUAAAAUAAAUAUUAUAAUCUGGGUCCAAUAAGAUCCAAUUCAAUUCGCAUUCUUAGCUGCCUGGGCGUAGCCAUAUGGCCAUUCUUGCGAACUAGCCGCAAAGAAGUGUUCAUUUACCUCUGAUUGGGUCAAUGCAGAAAUAGCCGAGUACGCGUUAUGGAUUGGAGCAGUGCUGAACAACACAAGUAAGGCUCAGUGCGCAGCAUACCACUAGACUUUCUUGCUCAUCAUCACUGUUCUCUCUGGUCGCACUGUGAACUUAGCUGCUGUGAGCUUGUCGCAAAGUUCUUCCCACACAUACGUCUGUUUGUUUUUUACUGCUGGACCCAACUUACCAUGUUCUGUGACUGCAACGAGUGAAGUGAAUGUGUACUUACCAGCUGUGCCGAGCACAAGUGCUGAAAGUGUGCCUGCUAAGCCGGUGGCCAUAGUGCCUGAUGGGAAUGUAUCUUAAAAUGGUCUUCUAGUCAAGAAAUGUGUCACAAAAGCAGAAAUUGUUUGGUUCGUGAACACUGUAGCGACAUAUGCAUUUUUUUUUUCACCGAUCAAGGGAUCAUUUGCAAAUGUGCAGAGCUUUCCAAGUGGAUGUACCAGUCAUGGCAUUCACUUUAAAUCAUCAUGGAAAACCUUGAAAAGUCAGAAAAUUUAAAAAUAUUCAAUUAGUUUCGUAAAUACACUUGCUGACGAGUGCGCUUUUCUGCGAGUGUCACUACGUGUCCCUGUGUGACAGCAAACGAAUGGCACUAUUGGGGAAGUGCACUCCCUUAAAGUGCACUUAAGUUGCCAUGUGUGACAGGGGCACUGAUGCUGAUGCAUACGCAAUUGCCACUGUGGAGCUUGCAUUUCUCUAGGUGCAAUGCUGUCCUCAUUUGUACAAGUGUUCCUUGACCGACCAGUUUUAGUAAUAUGCAACUACCUCCACUGCUCCAACAAACUUUUUUUGUUGCACACCUGUUUUUCUCUGGACAUUUACAUCAGUUUUUUUUUUUCAUGCAAUCACUCCAUAAGCAGACGCAUCAUAUUGGGAUUGUUAACCAAGUACCUAUUCUCAGGAUUUAACAGAGUUGAUGAAAACUUUUUAGUUGUAGGCAGCAAUUGGAAGAUGCACCACGAUGCUCCAUUUCGGGAACAGUUGUUUAGUCUUUGUCCUGUAAAUAUUGUCUGUCAGGUUCUUUCCUUUUUUGUAAUUAUUGUUUGCACAAAGAAGUGCACAAGAGCACAUAUGCUUUGAAUCAACCAGAUUCAAUUAUUUGUGAUUCCCGUACAGAACAAAUUUCAUGGCCUCAAAUAUAUGUGCCCCUUAUGGAUCGUUUGGCUUCCUCAGCACAUGGAGAGAUAAAUGCCCUCAUAGUUUUCAAAACACUUAUUCGUAUCAUUAGUUAUGAGAGGCUUUAGAAAACAAGGUGGCACAGUAUACCAUAGCACGGUCAUUAUGCAUUAUUCUUGUAUUCUAGCUUGGUGAAAGGUUCAUUUUGCACUUGUCUCAUUAUGUGUUCUCACGCCAUUUUAUUUGAGUCUCAAUUCUUUAUACGGGCUGGAGUUUUGCAAAGAACUUUGCCUCUGUGCGCUACAAUAUCAAAGGUUAGUGUAUGUUAUCUUAUUGGCCAAGACCGUUUGGGAAACUGGCAGUGGUGGCCUGUGGUGUGAUCUGGUAUUACAAAAGUUUUAACCUGCUAUGAAGUGCAGUAUGUAGUUACUAUUUAGCCCUUCUGAGUUUCAAUUGCAACAGUUCUAUUCAGCAUUAAGCUAUCGUCAAUUGCUCUCCCGAUCGCCACUUCAUAAAUAAAUAAAAACCUGAACGCACGGAGCUUUAGUUUUUAGAUGGUGUGUAGAUUUUAUGACAUGCAUUGUGAUUUACUUUUGCACUUUAGGAAAUUGCAAAUGUGCAGCAUUUUGCUGCCCUGAAGAAAUGCAAGGUUAGUGCAAAGGAGAGAGGAUAUAUGCUGAACUGCAAUGCACUGCUUGUUUGAGCAGCAUGGUUUGAGCAUGUGCCACCAGCAGAUUAGAACUUCUUUGUUUCUUCUGUAUCAGGAUGAAAGUAACAAUGUUCACAUGUGCCACUGUAAUAUUUUUUUCCUGCAUUUAAUUAGAGCAUUUAUUACCUGUCUACCAACAUGCUUGCAGUCGUAGAUGUUGUUACCUUAAUCUGUCAUCAUUUAGUUUAGCAACUGUGAGAGUUCACUGCCAGGCAGCGACCAAUGCAGUGUUUUGGGUAAAGCCAUUAAAAGAGCUUGCUAGGAUAUGCGCCAAAGAAACAUUUGUCCUGGUGUUGGCAGCAGUGCUAUUAUAACUAAUAAUUGUAUAAUUAUUAAUUUUAUUCUGUACAUAAGAGGCCUUUCAUUGCUAUUGGUUAGAGAUAUAUCAGGGAGCAUGAAAAUAUAUGGUAGAGUAGUUUAUACAAUAUUUUCAUGUGUCACUUACCUACAGUAUGCUUUUGCUUACGAAAAUAAAAGAAGUUAAAAAAUGCUUA